ACAGGUUGUGUUGUGAAAUGUGAUUAAUAGUCAUUAUUUGUUAGUCCGUUAGAGGCUUUAUUGUCAUACCUAAUAAUAGUAAAUAUUUUGAAAAUAGUUCUAUAUACUAAUACAAAGUAAUAAACUCACAAAUAGAUAUAUUGUGUUAAAUAUGUCCUCAUGAAAAUAAUAUACAACUCUUACUUUUUGGCAUUGUGGAAAUUGGACUUAUAAUAUCCAAUUAAUUAGAAAAAAGAAAUUAAGUAAAAACAUAACCGUUUAAUAGUCGACGUCGCCUAUUUGAUCAGCGGUGAUAUAUAUAAGUUCAAUAUAAAACUAUAAAUGCCGAAUUUAAUCAAUUUAUUACCUUCAAGAAUUUAUGAUAUACUGGAGAAAACUGGUAUUUGUUCCCAUAGACAGAUCAUUAUUUUGUCCAUUUGGGAUAUACAAAAAUUAACAAACCUGUGUAAAGAUGACAUUUUGCUGUUGAAAAAUAUAAGUUGUAAUAAUUUAGAACCUAAUCCCUCUACAUGUGAUGCACUUUUAACUAAAAGCAAUUACUGUAAAAAAGUUGCAACAGGAUGUUCAACAAUAGAUACAUUUUUGAAUGGGGGACUCCGUAGAGGUACUAUAACAGAAUUAUAUGGAGAGAGUGGAUCUGGAAAAACACAGUUUGCCAUGCAAUCUGCAAUCCAUACAUGGGAGAAUGGAUGUCUAUUUAUUUGUACAGAAGAUCUGUUUCCAGUUAAGAGAUAUGAGCAAAUUAAAAGAAGUCUACCUAACUACCAACAUAGUAUAAACUAUGGUAAAAAUAUUUUUAUUGAACAUAUAACAGAGUCUCAGGAUUUACUGUCUUGUGUAAGAGUUCGCAUUCCUAAACUGUUAAAUGAAAACAAAUUAGCAUUAAUUGUUAUUGAUUCUAUAGCAGGUCCGUUCAGGUCAGAGAAUACUAAUUAUAUACAAAGAGCAGAAAAUCUGAGGGAGUUGGCUUCUCUAUUAAUAAUGUUGGCACAAGAAUACCAGUUGGCAGUCCUUUGUAUAAACCAAGUCACUGCUUCAUUUGAUACUGCUGAUGUACUGCCUUCAUUAGGGCUGGCAUGGUCCAAUAUGGUCACUACAAGAUUACAAUUAAAGAAAACUACUGAAGUAAUGAACUUAACAAAUACCACAUUACAUCUUAAUCAAAUGUCAUAUAAUGUUUAUAUAAGAGAAUUAUCUGUAAUUUUUUCUCCUGAUCUACUUAAUUCAACUGUUAGGUUUAUAAUAACAGAAAAUGGGAUAUCCUGCCCAAUAAAAUAAAUUAAA